GAACAGAGGAGUCUGCUCUGUUUGGUGAGACUGAAACGUAGAGAGAGGAGAAAAAAAAAAUAGAGAGAGAGAGGAAAAAAAGUGGAGCAAAGAAGGAGCAUGUGUUCCAGUGACCAAAACGCGUAUUUGUUUGGAACUUUCUGUGACUGGUUAUCACCCCUAAAACAACAAAUAUUGCAAGAUUCCACAGCUAAAUAGUCAAUCCCUGCCCGGCCUAUAAAUACGAUACCCCCAUCCCCUGCUCUCUCCACACAAGCGUUUCGUGAUAUCUGUUAGUCCUCUGAGACUCUCUUCCAUAUCAUCGUCUUCUUCGAGUUCCUGCGCGAAAUCUUGCCAAUCCAAAAUCUUGAAUUCCAUCGUACCAAACACCAUAUUUUCGCAUCUCUAUAUUUAUUUCUCUCCUGAACAUUGAUUCAAUUCAAGAACAGAGGAGUCUGCUCUGUUUGGUGAGACUGAAACGUAGAGAAAAGAACAAAUCUGGUUCGUAAUUUUUUUUUUCCCGUUUUUUGAGAGUCGAAAAGCUAGGCUUAAUGGGCGUGAAAUUGGAGGAGGAAGUUUUAUCUUGCGUUAGAAAGAACGGAGAAGAAGGAGAUCACAGAGAAGAGGAGGCAACGUUGAUAGAGUUAGGGUUUCCUGAACCGGCGAAGCCGGUUGUGGUCGGCUACGCCCUUACUUCCAAGAAGACUAGGAGCUUCUUGCAGCCGAAGCUCGAAUGCCUAGCUAGGAACAAAGGAAUAUUAUUUGUUCCAAUUGAUCAAAACCGGCCUCUUUCUGAUCAAGGUCCAUUUGACAUUGUGUUGCAUAAGUUAUGUGGAAAGGAAUGGCGCCAGAUUCUUGAGGACUACAGAUGUGCACACCCAGAAGUCACGGUUCUUGAUCCUCCAGAUGCUAUACAGCAUUUGCGCAAUCGUCAAUCCAUGCUCCAGUGUGUUGCUGACAUGAAUUUUUCUGAUUCCUAUGGAAAAGUAGGUGUUCCGCACCAACUAGUUAUCAAAAGAGAUGCAUCUUCCAUUCCUGAUGCUGUUAUGAAAGCUGGGCUGACACUACCCAUCGUUGCAAAACCAUUGGUUGCUGAUGGAAGUGCAAAGUCUCACGAGUUGUCACUUGCAUAUGAUCAGUACUCCCUACGGAAACUUGAGCCUCCACUCGUUCUUCAAGAGUUUGUUAACCAUGGAGGGGUGCUUUUCAAGGUAUACAUUGUUGGGGAAACUAUAAAAGUUGUCAGGCGUUUCUCUUUGCCUGAUGUCAGUAAAUGGGAGCUCUCCAAGAAUGCUGGAGUCUUCCGUUUUCCUCGGGUAUCUUGUGCAGCAGCCUCUGCUGAUGAUGCUGAUCUGGAUCCUUGUGUUGCAGAGCUUCCUCCUCGAUCUUUGCUUGAGAAGCUGGCAAAGGAACUCCGUCGUCGGCUGGGUCUUCAUCUGUUCAAUCUAGAUAUUAUACGAGAGCGUGGAACGGUUGGGACCAGAGAUCAGUUUUAUGUCAUUGACAUCAAUUAUUUCCCAGGGUAUGGGAAGAUGCCUGGAUACGAGCACAUAUUUACCGAUUUUCUGUUGCGCCUGGCGCAGAGUCGUUGAGUAACCUUUGAUCAUGCUUCAGGAGCUAUCAGAAGAUAUUUCUUGAUCAAUUUGCAACUUGACCUGCGCUAGUUUAUUGUCCUGUAGAUUAAAGUAUAUAAUGCCUGCCAGCAUCAUGAAGUGAUUCUGCCAGCAGCCGAGGGCAUAUAAAUGACCGAACAAAACAAAACAAAACAAAUCGGAAUCCAAGCGUUCAAGUAAUGUAAAUACUAGUCUUUCUGCUUUUAUUUUUUAGGGGAAAAAAAAGAAAGAAGGUAAGGCUGCAGGAGCCGUUGCCUAAUUUGCUGCAGGCGAAGAUGUUUUGUAUAGAGAUUUCAUUUUGGGAAUAAUGUCCUUCAAACUUUGUACUAUAACAGAGUUCUAGAAUAAAACUUGUCCUUCCAACU